AAAUACAGUCUCCAAUCCAGCCCUUUCCAGAGCUAAUCGCCGGCACUCGACACUCGGCAGGUCUUCCUCGUCGUCGCCGCCGGAGACCAUGGCGGAGGUGGUGGUGGUGGUGUUCGACUUCGACCGGACGUUGAUCGACGGCGAUAGCGACAACUGGGUGGUGACGGAGAUGGGUCUCACCCACUUGUUCCGUGAGCUCCGCUCCACCAUGCCCUGGACUUCUCUCAUGAAUAGGAUGAUGGUGGAGCUCCAUUCACAGGGCAUGUCAGUCGAGGACAUUGAGGAUUGCUUGAAGCGAAUGCCUCUUCAUCCUCGUGUUAUCGAAUCCAUUAGAGCAGCUCAUAGACAUGGAUGUGACUUGAGGAUAAUUAGCGAUGCGAAUCAGUUCUUCAUAGAGACGAUCCUGAAGCAUCACGGGCUGUUGGGUUGUUUCUCUGAGAUCGUCACGAACCCGGCCUUCGUCAACGUGGAAGGCAGGCUAAACAUCGUCCCUUUUCAUGAUUCUGCCUCUUCUCCUCAUGGAUGCAACUUGUGCCCUCCCAAUAUGUGCAAGGGCUUGGUUCUGAAGAGGAUUCAAGCUGCUGAUUCUGAGUUCAAGGAGAGAAGAUUAAUAUAUCUAGGAGACGGGAAAGGCGAUUACUGUCCGUGCUUGAGGCUCGGAAUGCGAGACUUCGUAGUGCCAAGGAAGAGUUUCCCUCUCUGGAAUCUCAUUUUCAGUGACCAAACGCUUAUUAAAGCCGUGAUCCACGAAUGGAGCAAUGGCGAAGAGCUCGCGGGGGUGCUUCUUGACAUUAUCGACAGGAUUCUAAUGGAUGAAAACACCAGGACGGGGCUCAUAGCUUCGCCUGAUAGUGGUUGUAAGACAACUCAAGUCUCUUACCCUUAAACCAUCUUUGCAGAACCUACCCAUUUGAUCACUAGGGAAUUGGUGAGACAUUGAACUGAUUUUAUCUCCAUUAUACUCUAAUGCCAUGAUGCUAGCAAUGUUCGAUCAUGCCGAUGUUUUUUUUUUUUUUUUAAUGAUAAUUUUUGCUCUA